GAAAUAUCAGUAGAAAAAUAGGUACUCGCAUUAUUUGUUUCCGUUGAUAAAUGCAUACUAUUUAUUUUCCCAUAAAAUUUAAUUUGAUUCCGACUGAAUAAGAAGUGGCUAUUACUAACUUAAGCAUGAUAAAUCCAAAAAAAUAUUUAAUCAAAGAUAUAAUAAAUAAACCUUCGCCUAUAGAAGUAUGGCUACAAGGAACCAUAGAACAAACAGUUGGAAAAGAUAUUUUAAUUAUAUCAGAUUCCUCGGGAAGAGCGAAAAUAACUAAAUGUGAAUGUGCAGAUGGGGUAAUUGACAAAAAUUCGCUACAGAAAGGUAUCUACUGCUGUAUAAUUGGCACAACUGUAAAAACAAAAGGUUUGCCAGAAGUGCAAGCUAACAAGUUCAUAGAUUUAAGUACUAAACCACAGAUGAAAAAUGCUUGGGAGAAUGAAGUCAAAGAAGCAGAUUUACUACUUCAAGGAAAAAUUAAACCUUUGUUAUAAAACGUUUAUUACCAUAAUGGAUAUGUGAUCUUUUAACACUAAAAUAUAAACAACCUAACCUAUGUAUUGAAAUCAAUAUAUAUUAUUAUUAUUUAUAACAUAUAAAUUAUUAAUUACAUUUUUAUACAUGUUCCCAUUGACAAAUUAAUCCCAUCCCUAACAAAAAUAUAAUUCUGGAGCAUAGCAGUUGCCCAACCAUCGGUGAAGAACACUUCUCACUGUCAACUAUUUUCUCACACAAGAAACAUACUCGCCUCUCACAGUACUCAUAAAUCGCCACGCCCUAUCAUUAAUGUGGGAUCUGCAUUUUAACGAUUUUUGUU